CAACCUCCUGACCUCCCGAUCCCCUCAACCUCCGAGAGUUGCGCCGCUAUGGUCCGCAGCUCGCGAUGACCUCCAUGCCCGGCUUCGGAAUGACGCACGACCCUUCACCCCCGCCGCUGCUACUGGACGUCCCGUACCAGCCGCAGGAUUACGCCAACUUCAGCGCGUUCCCGUCGGCACCCCCGCCCCUCGGCGUGGGUGUCAGUUCGGGAACGCUGUACCAGGUGCCCGUCGGGUUCAUCGUGCUCCUGUCGCUCUUCUACGGCCUCAUCUCGCUCGUGGCCGUUGCGGGAAACUUCAUGGUCAUGUGGAUCGUGGCAACGUCGCGGAGGAUGCAGACGGUGACCAACUUCUUCAUCGCCAACCUGGCCGUGGCGGACAUCAUCAUCGGCCUCUUCUCCAUCCCGUUCCAGUUUCAAGCGGCGCUUCUUCAGCGCUGGGUGCUGCCGGAGUUUAUGUGCGCUUUCUGUCCUUUCGUUCAGGUGCUCUCUGUGAAUGUGUCCAUUUUUACGCUGACGGCCAUCGCGUUGGACCGCUACCGCGCCGUGAUGUCGCCGCUCAAGGCACGGACCUCGAAACUGCGGGCCAAGUUCAUCAUCUGCGCCAUCUGGACCUUGGCCCUGGCGGCGGCGUUGCCAUACGCCCUGGCGCUGCGGGUCGAGACCCUGGUGGUUUCGUCGGCGCUGAAUCUGACCAAGCCGUUCUGCCAUGAGGUGGGCAUUUCACGCUCGGCCUGGCGAGUCUACAAUCACUGUCUGGUGUGUCUGCAGUACUUCUUCCCGUUGCUCACCAUCUGUUUUGUGUACGCCCGCAUGGGGCUCAAACUUAAAGAGAGCAAGUCGCCAGGGAAUGCACAGGGUGCCAGGGACGCCGGCAUCCUCAAGAACAAGCGAAAGGUGAUCAAAAUGCUGUUCGUCAUUGUCGCGCUGUUCGCCUUCUGCUGGCUGCCUUACCAGCUCUACAACUUGCUUCGGGAGGUUUUCCCUCAGAUAGAUAGGUAUAAGUACAUCAACAUCAUCUGGUUCGUCAUGCACUGGCUGGCCAUGAGUAAUUCCUGUUAUAAUCCCUUCAUCUACGCCAUCUAUAACGAGCGGUUCAAACGCGAGUUUGCGUUGCGGUGCCAUUGCGGUGGCCAGAGGUACAAGCAGACGAGCCGAUUCGCGGCCUACGAUCAAGACGACAACAACUCCACCAUCAUCGUGUCCAUGCGGCACUCGUUCCGGCUCAGCUUCAAAGGUUCCCACUCGCCCAUCAAGGGCAGUACCAAGCUGUGAUACCUCGCACCACCGCUGCCAAGCGCCAUCUCGCGUGUCGCCCCGUGAGGACUUGUCGGAGCCAAGGAACUGUCGUCGAUGCGCUCCCUGUACAGACCGCCCGAGUGUUCAGACGCGGACGCUGUUCCUGGAACAUCCUCCGUGCUUCCCUUCCUCUUCCCGGAAGGAGACUCCUUAAAGUGUGGUUCAUUAUGUGUGUGCGCGCGCGCGUUUGUGAGUGCAGGACACGGGAGGAACGCCACGCCUCUUAUCCCUGGGAGAUGCCCACCCACGCGAAGCGCCUCCUGAAUCAUGUCGAGUGUUCAGUGCCCUCGGCAUGUCGAGUGUUCAGUGUCCUCAGCACAUGGUCCCUGAGAGCUUAAUAAACGCGGGGCUCCUUGUGUACCGAGAACCUAUACAUGACUUGGCAGAUAAUCAGACUGCAGCACUAGACCAUAAGAACGCCGAAGGACCGGUCACGAAGACAGAAGCCUUAAUAUAAUGAGCCACACACCGCGUUUAAUAAGCUCUCGGUGAUCAUAACCUAUUAUUUUGGGGGGAAGGGUUCAAAGAUGCGAACUGUGAUCAUACAUGGAGCUCGACUCACGUCUUGCAUGUCUCCGCAUAGAUAACCUAUCGUUGUUUUCUCAAGUCUUUCUCUAUAACGCGGGAGCACAUACUGCUCUAUGAACUCAGCCAAAUCUUUCUUUCACGCUAUGCCACGUUCUCUACAAUGUCAUGGGAUCAUGAAAUGAAAAAAAAAAACGAAAUAGGUAAAUAUUGCUUCUUGACCAACGCUAUGAUGAAGCGUUUAUAUAUCUGCCAGCUCCGCGUCAUUUGGCGUUCAAGAAACGUUGCCUCCGAAUUCACCGCGUUACGUCUCAUCGCUCAGAACGGACGCAUGUUUCUUUGCUUGGAAAGGGCCGCCAUUUUCAAACAAGCAAGAGGGGCCUUUGAUUAAAAUUGACGAUGUGUGGAGAAAUACUCAUUGCUCUUAUGGAAAUUCAAAGGUUCCUCGCUGGCUUUAGAAGUGCAAAGGCAUGAGGAUGAUUACGCUGGAUCUAAUGAAACGCGAUUAUGAGCAUUCCCUACGAGUAUCAAAUUAUUGUGAUUGCUUGUGUGCAUACAUGUGUGCUCGGCGGCCGUUCGAACAAUGGGCAUUAUACUUAAGGGCUCGAGACUGAACAUGUAAGUCAAGUGGAAUAUGUGCGAGUGCGCUUGUGUGUAUGUCUGUGCAUGCGAGAGCGUGUUUGGUGCUGUGCAAAAGCGACGUGUUGCCAUCCUCGCUAGAGGCUAUAUGUCCAGUCCCACACCCAUCUAGUUUUGGUCUCGAUGUUGUUCCGUGACUUUCAGCCCAUGAUUUUAAUAAAA